UACUAUAUAUAACAUUUUUUGACAAUUAAAUUAGGAACGAGUUUUGGUGAAUAUUGGUGAAAACUUAACCAAACGUUGCCAUGUGUUGCAAAUAGCACAAAACUGUUGCAAAUGGGCGAAAUUUGUUGCAAAUAGCUCCAAAAAAUAAUGUUCCAGAUGUGAAUAUGGAACCAGAAAAAUUAGCAUUAAAAUGCGUUUGUUCUUGUUUACAAACGCAAAUGCAACAAAAUUAUUCUGUGCUCUUAAAUCAUUUUGGUACCAGAAGUUUAAUUAUUCCUCAUCUUUUUCGCGAGAGAAGAGUUGUUACACGUGUUAAAAACUAUACUUCAGUCACAGUACCACGCUAUUUACCUGACGAAUUUCGUAGUAAUUUCAGGCUUACCAGACAAUCGUUUGAUGAACUUACGGCUAGAGUAGGUGUUUGCAAUGUAUACAAUACACAGAGGGGGCCUGCAGUUGACCCUGUAAAAGAUCUGCUCAUGUUCCUUUGGUUCAUUGGAAAUACAGAGAGCUUUAGAUAUAUGUCGGACAGAUUUAAUGUGGGCAAAAGCUCAUAUCAUCGCAGUAUUAACAGGGUAGCAAAAGCUCUGGUUGAAGAAGUCAUGCCCAAUGUGAUACAGUGGCCGACUGGAAACAGAAUACGCGAAACAAGCGAGGCAUUCGGAGAUAUAGCAGGGAUGUUAAAUGUAGUAGGCGCAGUUGAUGGUUCCCAAAUACCAAUAAAAGCACCCACAGAGAAUCCCAACUCAUAUUAUAAUCGGAAAAAGUUUCAUUCCUUGGUUUUAUUAGCUUCAUGCAAUGCAGAUCUGCUUUUUACAUAUGUCUGGACUGGGAAUCCUGGGAGUACUCACGAUGCUACUGUACUUAGAUCUUCCGAGUUGUUCCAACAAGCAGAAAACCUUAUUCCAAGAGGGUACUACAUUCUGGGUGAUUCAGCUUUUCCACUUUUAAGUUGGAUGGUAACGCCAUUCAGAGAUUAUGGAAAUUUAUCCAGAGACCAACGCCUAUUCAAUACAUGUCAUUGGAAAACUAGACAAGUCAUUGAGAGAUGCUUUGGGCUCUUGAAAUCCAGAUUCCGUCGUCUGUUGCGUUUUGACGGUUCAGAUAUGAAACUAAUGGUCUACUCUAUUCUUUCUGCCUGUGUGUUGCACAAUUUGUGUGUGAAUAUGAACGAAGAAGGCUUUGAAUGCGAAGAUGAGGGGGACAAUGAUUGUAACAAUGGCGAUUAUACACAAAGUGGAUUCCAGAUGGAUGGCGUUCGUUUAAGAAAUCAUAUUAUGCACCAUCUCGUGCAAAUACAUUAAACAUUUGAACCACGAAAGUGAAAAAAACUGGAAUAAAUCAAUCGCAUGUGAUCCACAUCUCUUAUACCUGUAUUAUCAAAUUAUGUAACUAUCAUGAUUCAGAGGCAAUCAUUCAUUCACAAAUUUUGAAUAAAAACCACAUAAAGAUGCCUCUAUUUAGGUAUGAGUUUCAGAGUCGGAAUAUAUAUUUCAGUAUGGAAUCUUUUACCUAUU